AUGGCUAGAGAACAACCCACCAUAACCGCCUACCAAUCCCGCGUCUACACCCUCCUCUCGCAAAUCCCCGAGGGCAAAGUAAGCACCUACGCCGCCCUCUCCAAAGCGCUCAACUCCAGUCCGCGCGCGGUCGGCGGCGCGUUGAGGCGGAAUCCGUUCGCGCCGGAGGUGCCUUGUCAUCGGGUCAUACAGGCGAAUGGGUAUGUUGGCGGGUUCAUGGGAGAGUGGCAGAAAGCGCCUUCGGGGGUGAACCAGAGCAGGAAGCUGGAGAUUUUGGAGAGGGAGGGGGUGGUCUUUGAUGGAAAGGGGAUGUUGGUUGAGAGGGGGAGGGCGUGGAGCGGGUUUGUCAUUGACAAGGCGUGA